AUGGAGUCAUAAUUUUCUAGAAUAGUUUUAUAAAAGCUCUUGCCUAUUUUACUUUUAGUUUAUCCGACUAUUGAAAUAACUAUGUAUAGUGCACAUUGCUUCACUCAAGUUAAUUAAUUAAUUAAUUCGAAUUAAUCUUUCCACCUCCACAUAAGUAUAUCCUUCUCUUAAUCUCGGAAAAAUCAGGGAGGACAGUUAGAUUACUACAGCAGAGAAAUCAGGGAGGACAAUUUGAUUAUGUCACCACAAUGGCAGAAAUUUUUACCUGAUUAGGUAAUCUAAAUUUUUUAAGUUUAGAAGGAACAUAAAAGGAAUGCUUUGAUCUAACAAGAGGCAGGCAUCUGCAAGUAAGGACCAGAUUUUUUAGCCUUUUUUUGUACUAGGAUGCCAGUUCCUUACCCAAAAGUGCUUAGGGACUUGCGAAAAUAAUUAGGGCAGUAUUACUAAAUAGGUUGGAGAAAUAUAUAAUACCAAAUAAUGCUGAUUAUUGCGGCGCAAAUUUAAUAUCACAUCAAAAAUGAGAUGCCGAGUGCUUAUUUCUUAAUAGUAUAUUAUCAUUAAACACUAUCUAUUUUGAUAAAGUUCAGUUAAAUAUUGAGAUGA